AUGCCUUGCCCAAAGCCUAGCCUUGCUCGGACGCUGCUGUCGUCGCUGGUCCUCGCGGCCAACCUGGUCGGCCUGGUGUCGGCGAGCAUCUCCCCGGCCCUGUUCAGAGACCUCGAGCGCCAUUCGCGCAUCGUCGACAUCACCUACUGCAUCGGAAAUUCCGGCAUUCGAAAACCCUUCGAAUGCAUCUCCCGCUGCAACGAUUUCCCCGAGUUGUCCUUGGUCACCACCUGGAGUACUGGGUUGCUCUUGACGGACAGCUGCGGCUACAUCGCCGUGGACCACGGUCGGAACAAGGCAGCCAAGAGGCCCGGCGAGAACGAGGACGAGAAUGCCAAGGCGAAGGCGGACGAGAACAAGCGGCAACUCGGCGCCAUCGUCGUUGCCUUUCGUGGAACGUACAGCAUCAGGAACACCAUAGUGGACUUGAGCACCCUGCCCCAGCAGUACGUGCCCUACCCGCCGCCCGACGAUGGCGGUCAGGAGCCGGCGGGGAAGCCCGAGAACAGGUGCGACAAUUGUACCGUGCACAUGGGCUUCCUCCAGUCGUGGCAGAGCGCGCGAGAUAUCGUCCUGCCCGAGCUGAAGGCGCUGAGGGCCAAGCAUCCUUCGUAUCCGAUUCACCUCGUCGGUCACAGCCUCGGAGGUGCCGUCGCCUGCCUUGCCGGUCUCGAGAUCAAGACGUCCUUGGGCUGGGACGACAUCAAGGUCACGACCUUUGGCGAGCCCCGCGUCGGGAACCACGAGCUGGCGCGCUUCAUCGACACCGUCUUCGCGCUGGACGACGACGCCGAGUUGGAAUCUCGCUCGUUCCGCCGUGUAACCCACAGCAGAGAUCCUGUCCCCCUCCUCCCGUGGGGGGAAUGGGGCUAUCGAUCGCACGCCGGCGAGAUCUACAUUUCCAAACCCGAUCUCUCGCCGACCGAAGUCGACAUGACGCCCUGCAUCGGCGACAACGACCCCGCAUGCAUCACCGACGGCCAGAGCUUCCUGCACCAGGUGAUGAGCCGGUGGCUGCACUUUGGCAAGCCCGGCACCAAUCUCCUCGAGUAUCUGGAGACGAUGAUGUUCCCCAUGCGCAUCAAGCCUUGGCAGCUGUUCUUUGCCCACCGAGACUACUUUUGGAGGCUCGGCCUCUGCGUGCCAGGAGGCGACCCUACCAACUGGGGGCGGAGUCACUUUACGGAUUUCGAGCAGGGGGAACUGUAG